UUACAAUACCACAAAGGCUACGACGAAACCAAUGAAAAAAUAGUGAAUAACAUACCGACAAAACAACCAGCCAAGAAUGAAGACACAAUUGAACCUUCUUUUGCUGGACCAGAAGGGAAUUCUUCACGAAAAU